AUGCCUUCGAGUCCUAAUACUACUUGUGUGCCCGAUGUAGGCAGCCUGCUCGCCGCGCCCGGCCCCCCGCCGCCCGAGGUCAAGUUCGCGGCCGACGGUAGCGGCGACUACGCGCCCGAGUGCGUCGCCCGCGCCUCGGCGUCGGCUCUCGUUGCUUCCGUCGUCGCCGCGACCGCUACUCGUAGUACCACGGACAACACUGGUGGUCUCGUUGGCGCUGCUGCUGCUGCUGCUGCUGCUGGUGCUGCUGGUGCUGCUGGUGCGCCCAUUGUGAAAGCCCGUCGCCGCCGGGCCGACGGCAACGGCAACUUGACGGUCGAGCAGAAGCGCCGCAUCUGCGAGAAGCACCGCAACACGCCCAAGAUCACGCAGAAGGACCUCUGUCGCUGGGCCAAGCUCGAGUUCAACCUCCACCGAGCGCCCACGCAGCCCACGAUGAGCAACAUCCUCAAGCACGAGCACCUGUUCAAGGACAACGUCUUGGGCGUGCUGGGCGCCCAGCGCAAGACGAUUCGGCCCACGCGCCACGCGCACUUUGACCAGGUGCUGGCCAAUUGGGUCAUGGAGCGCCAGAACAAGGGCAACAUUACCGGUGACAUGAUCAAGACCAAAGGCCGUGAGCUCGUGAAGCAGAUGGGGCUUGAAGGGAAAUUGGGCUUUUCCAAUGGAUGGCUCGCGUCGUUCAAGGCGCGGCACGGGCUCCUCAAGCGCAGCUCGAACGUGCACCUGGUGCCGCCCAGUGACAAGCUGAGCGCCGCGACGGCGCCGUCGGCAGCGACCAGUGCGCUAUUGGCCACUGCCAGCAAAGACGGAGUGGCCUAUGGCGGCAUCUUGGACGCGAACAGCGGCAUGCUGCCGAAUGGACUGUCGGUGGACCCGAACUAUAUGCUGCCGCCCGUGUCGAUGGACUUGACGAUGGAGCAGAUCCAGGAGAUGCUGCGCGACUACGUCCCGAGCGAUGUCUACACGGUGGACGAGACGGGGCUGUUCUUCCGCGCGUCGCCGAACAAACUCGUGCAGGGCGACGAAGCCCAGAUGCUGCUGGCCGACGAGGCGCGACUCACGGUGCUGCUCGCGGUCAACGCCGAUGCGUCGGACCUCAUGGAGCCGUACAUUAUUGGCAACGUCGUGCCGCCAAAGAACAUCAAGAUGGCUUCGAUCUCGCAGCUUGGCUACCACUACGUGUGCAGCAGCAAGGCUCGCAUGACCGUGUUUAUCUUCCAGCAGUGGCUACGCGACUUUAAUGCACGCAUGGCGAGCGCCCACCGCAACGUGGUGCUGCUCAUGGACAAUGCGCCGUCCCAUGUGCUAGGGUGUGUCGCUCUCUCGAAUGUGCGCGUGGUGAUGUUUGCUCCGCACUUGGGCAUGAAGGUGCAGCCGAUGCGCGGCGGCAUUCUGUCUGCUUUCAAGGGCAAGUACCGACUGAAGCAUCUUACGCUGGCCAUUGACCACCUGGAAGACGGUUUGUCGAACGUCUACCACGUGACACAGAUUCAGGCCAUGGGCUGGAUCGUGGAUGCGUGGCAGCAGACUUCGAAAGAUAUGAUUCUGAAUGCUUGGAAGCCGCUAGGCAUUACAGCGCCAUUCAGUUUUGACUCAAACAUGAGUGGAGCAGAUGACAAGAACGUCGAGGAAGAACUGUGGGGGCUUCUAUACUGUCUGCAGCUUAGCGGCAUCGUCAACACGAAAGUGCUGGUGAACUCGCGCUGGGAGAACGACAUCCAUAAGCGAUUGAACGAAGACAUGAUCGAAGAUCCGCAGGAGAACGAGGAGGAAUUUCGUGUACCAGACGCUGCUCCUGUCGAUCAUCCGGGUAUAAGUAGCGGCAACAUGUCCGCCGAUGAAGACCAUCAUCCGGGCGUCCAGCCCAUUGCGCCCAAGGAACAGCUCAAGGCAUUCCGUGACGUCAUCCGCUACCUCGAGCGUACAGGCAGGGCCGAUUCUCGCGAUCCGCAGUUGAUGAACGUCAUUGAGUUUCUCAAGAAGAAGCAGCUGAGCUUGCGCUUUGACAACGCUAGCAACUCGACGCUCACGAUAUAG